AUGGCGUGGGAUCAACUGUCGGUAGACAAGCCCCAUUGGGCAUACAUCAUCUUGGGAGGCUUCACCAGUCUUUUUAUGCUGUGUUCGCUUUUCGUGAAGGAGAAGCUCUACAUUGGUGAAGCUACAGUCGCUACCCUCUGCGGUAUCAUAUUCGGCCCGUAUGCCGCCAACUUGUUUAACCCGGACUCUUGGGGAAAUGUCGACAAGAUAACCCUCGAAUGUUCGCGCAUCGUCUUGGUCGUGCAAUGUUUUGCCGUGGGAGUCGAAUUGCCCAAGUCUUACAUGGAGAGGCACUGGCGCUCCGUUUUUUUACUCCUUGUCCCGGUCAUGACGUGGGGUUUCUUUGCAACUAGUCUUUUUAUCUGGUGGCUGAUUCCCCCUCUAUCCUGGCUUGAAAGCCUGGCAUGCGCAGCAUGUGUCACUGCUACCGAUCCUGUUUUGGCAUCUUCGGUUGUCGGUAAAGGCAAAUUUGCCAAACGAGUGCCCAAACAUUUACGAGAUUUACUUUCCGCCGAGUCUGGAUGUAACGAUGGAAUGGCUUUUCCUUUCAUUUACAUUGCUUUGAGCAUUAUCAAAUACGGAAACAACGCCAACGAAGUUGCCCUACAUUGGAUUUGCAAUACCAUUCUUUACGAAUGUAUCGCAGGCGCUGUGUAUGGUUUCCUUGUUGGCUACAUUGCUCGUCAUCUGAUCAAAUACGCAGAAAAGAAAAAUUUGAUUGACCGAGAGAGUUUCUUGGUGUUCUACUUCGUUCUUGCACUCUUUUGUGCCGGCUCAGGCAGCACCCUCGGUAUGGAUGACCUUUUGAUUGGUUUCGCCGCUGGAGUCGGAUUCAGUAACGACGGUUGGUUUACCGCCAAAACCGAAGAAUCGCACGUUUCCAACGUUAUCGACUUGCUUCUCAACUUGGCAUAUUUUGUCUAUUUCGGUUCUAUUAUUCCCUGGAGUUCUUAUAACAUGCCUGAGCUUGGUAUGGUUCCUUGGAGACUGGUGGUCAUUGCGAUACUCGUCAUCUUUUUCCGACGUAUCCCAAUUAUGAUGCUCUUGAAACCGAUCAUACCGGACGUAAAAACCUGGCGAGAAGCCCUAUUCGCUGGCCAUUUUGGACCGAUAGGUGUCGGUGCAAUAUUUGCUGCCAUUCUAGCACGAGCAGAACUCGAAAAUGACAGCACGGAACCUGAAGCGCAGGCUGAUAUGCCUGGCCCCGGUCAAAAGAACUAUCUACUUGUGCAGCUGAUUUGGCCAAUCACCACUUUCCUUGUCAUUGCAUCUAUUGUUGUGCAUGGAUCUUCUAUUGCUGUGUUUACUCUUGGUAAACGCAUCAAUACCUUGACCAUUACACUGUCGUAUACCACGGCAAACGACGAGGGCCCUUCCUGGAUGAAUCGUUUGCCUCGAGUUCAGUCCAUGUCAAGAAGCUCUUUAUCGUUACGAAAGGCAGACUCCGAAGCUUCAAACGAACCGGCUGCAGAAUAUCCUCCGGGAAUGUUGCCACCCAUCGGUGUACCUGGAAAUUUCCUUCGUCGUGUACAGGAAGGAGAUGAGGAAGGUCGACGGUCACAGAGUCUACGACCAAAGAGGCGACGCAAGCGAGUGACUAAUGCUGGAGGCCCUAUCAGUCAGUCAGCCAUUAUGCCCGCAAGGCGUCCAGAAGCCACAUCUCCUGCCGAAGAGAAAGGUACGCCUCCCGAAGAACUAUCGCCGGCCACUGAAGACGAGCGUCAAGAGCGGGAUCGGAUUGAACGAGAAGGCUCGCCGCCACGAGCAGAGCGUGAUAGAUACGGUCGGGAACCAGAUAUUGAGGUCUACCAAGAAGGUAACAAGAUCAUUAUUGAGGACGAGGAAGGAAAUGUCUUACGAACUGAAGACAUCACGCACGAGUCUGCAGAUGAACAGCGACGACAUAUCUUGGAGGAACACAAGAAGCUUCAAGCCGACAAGUCUGGCGAGUACGCCAAAUCCAGGACUCGACCGCACGAGAAGACUGAAGGGGAGGAAAUUGAAGCUAAAGUCGAAGAGACGGUUGGCCACCCAUACCGCGCCUUUCGACAACGCUUCGGUAACUGGGCCGGCCGGGGAAAACAGUCGUCUGCGGAAGAAGGGCCAUCUACUGCCAAACAUGCAAAGCCGCCUCGCCAAUCUGCGCAUGCCUAUCAGUUUGGCGAUACCAUCAUUGUUGAAGACGAAGAUGGUGAAGUAAUCAAGAAGUACACUAUUCCUUCUGCCGGCAAAACUGAAGACGCUGUGGCAGCCCAAGCUGCCGAGUCCCAGGUACGACGAGGUCUUACCAGAAUGGGUACUUGGGUUGGAAAGAAAGAAGGGGAGUCAUCCAAGGCUGGUGCCCAGAAAGCUGGGCGUAAAGAUGACUUUGAUGCUGAUGACGGUUUGCGAUUCACUGUUGCUCAUGAUCCCGCUCUCGAGACCCAGGGAGUGGGCGUAAAGGGAAGGCGGAUGAGCAAGCAUGACUUUAUCAAGGAAAUCAGCAAACUAGAUCCAAAGGCACGCCGUAACUUGGUUGAGAAGUCCGAUGCACCACAGGUUGUCAAGGAAGUUGCUCGUCAGGAGGCUGCUCUACAGGAUAAAAUCGAAGAGAAGGCCAUGCAGGAAUCCGAAACCCAAACAUAUCCAACAACCAUGCUUGGAGACCCUGUGUCUGAUGAUGAUUCUGAGGUGGAAAGCGGUAGCGAUUCUGAUUCAGUCCGUGGUAUUCCAACACAUGAUGUUGCAGGCGCAUUAGCACAGUUUUCAGGAAACGCCCAAGAACGACGUCGUCGACUUGCGGCAGAAGACGAGCCUGCACGGCCGAUUGAAGAAGAGGAAGGUGAUUCCGAAGAUGACGGCACAGAACGUAUCCCACCAUCUGUCCGGAAAGCCGCCUCUGGUAUUGCCGCGCGUAUUCCACAACGCGAUCCCGACGACACAGGCGAAACACCUGCAGAACGAAAACGGCGUCUCGCCGCUCUUGGCGAAAUCGAAGAUCUAGACGAUGAGAACGAUGACGAAGAAGCUGAACUCGCCGGUCUACCGCGUAAACCGAGAGCUGCCGUCGUUCGGGAGCCUUCAGUCAAUGAAGAGGAGGAUAACGAUGUUGAUGAGUCACGCAAUGUACGAAGCUCGAUUCAAUUUGCGGAUGGUACUCGCCCGUCUCGCGUGACCAGCGGGACGUCGGAGUCUAGUAACGGGAAUGGUAGGAGCCCAUACGGGCAUGGCAAUCGGCAUAGAAUUUCUUGGGGCGGAGAACGUGGAAGACAUUGA